AUGUUCAAAAUUGAUGGUGAUGUAUUUCGUCCACCACAAAAAGAUAUACUUUUCUCUACUCUUGUUGGUAAUGGUGUUCAAAUUGCAAUGACAUUUUUAAUCACAUUAGGUAUCUUCGCUGCACUUGAUUUUCUUUCACCAGAAAAACCUGGUGCUUUAUUGACUUGUCUUAUCCUAUGUUAUGUUCUUUUGGGCAUUCCAGCUGGUUAUACUUCAGCUCGUUUAUAUAAAAUGUUUGGCGGUACAAAUUGGCAGAAAAUUGCUCUAACAACAGCUAUUACAUGUCCAAGCUUAAUUUUUGUCAUUUUGUUUGUUUUGAAUCUUGUUCUUUGGGAAAAUGUUAGUUCAACAGCUAUUCCAUGUACUACAUUUGUAGCAUUACUUGCUCUUUGGUUCUGCAUAUCAACACCAUUGGUGUUCAUUGGAGCUUACCUUGGUUUCAAACGUCCAGUUUAUAAAAAUCCUAUUCCAAUUAAUCAAAUUCCACGAGAAAUACCUAAACAGCCGCUAUACACUAAACCAUUAUUAAGUAUCUUAGUGAGUGGUAUUCUUCCAUUUGGUUGUAUUUUUAUUCAACUGUUUUUCAUCUUAAACAGUAUUUGGGCUCAUCAAUAUUAUCAUUAUUUUGGAUUUUUACUUAUCGUAUAUAUAAUUCUUAUAAUUACAUGUUCGGAAACAACAAUUCUUCUUUGCUAUUUUCAUUUAUGUACUGAGGAUUAUAAUUGGUGGUGGCGUUCAUUUUUAACAUCGGGUUCUACGGCUGUCUAUUUCUUUCUCUAUUCAGGUUAUUAUUUUGCGACUAAAUUAAAAAUAUCUGAUGGAGUAUCAACAUUUCUUUAUUUUGGUUAUACAUUAAUGCUUACAUUUAUUUUAUUUUUAUUUACCGGUGCAAUCGGUUUUCUUGCUUGUUUCUGGUUUGUUCGUAAAAUCUAUUCAGUUAUCAAAUGGGAUUACGUGAAGCAAGUAGCGAUCAAUGAUAUAUCUAAUUAUUUUAAAUGA